CCCACGAACUCCUUCCGUCCCGUGAUCCCGCCCAAAGCACCCUGGUAUCCUGAACUAACUUGAAGCUCUCCGUUCGGAUCCCUCAUUGUCGCCACAGCAGCAACCUAUACACACAGGGCACAAGGCAGUAGAAUCGCACAACAUACAUUUCAAGUAACCCACGAGUUGUGGACCUAUGGAUGACAGUCACGUAGUCGUUGCGCUCAUAGAGAAUCGUGCACGCGAGACUUAGCGGAAGGAAUUGGCGGAGUCAUGGCUCUUGCUUCACAUUCCUCCUUCGCAGCAGCUCGCAAGGUGACCAUGGCACGUGGCUGCUUUGACGACGUCAAGGGUGCUUUACUCGUCCAAUCUUACACCAAUGGAAAAGCCAACGGCACGAACGUGGAUAGGCACUACAAGGAGUACUACCUCUGUCUAGGUGCUGCAGCUGCACUUUUGAAGUGGGUUGAAAGCGAGAAGUCAGCAGUGAUCAUGCAGAGGUCCCUUCAGGUUACUUUCAACGGCUCCCUCAACCACUUGUCAAUAGAUGCGACCAGGUACGUGCAUCAGUUCAUUUUUCUUCGUUGCUCAGUUGUUAACAUCAUUCGCUUUGUGCAGCAUACAAAAUCUGGAGGUGAUUGAACCACUGCCGGGAAAUUCAGAGAGAGAUGGGAAGAAAAAAGCCAGUCUUUUUGGUGUCCUGAAUUCAACAAAGACAUUGGGCGGGGCACGGCUUCUUAAAGCAAAUCUUCUCCAGCCGCUGAAGGACAAGGAAACAAUAAAACUGCGACUGGAUUGCUUGGAGGAAAUGAUUAACGAUGAGUCGCUGUACUCAGCAGUGUCAAGCAUUCUUCAGCAAUUCCCAAAAGAUCUUGAUCGUAUUGUGACAAGCUUUGCAUUUCGUCCACGCAAAGUUGCCGAUGAUGGCACAACUACUAGAAGAAAUAUGGUGGUGCUUUCAAGCAUCAUUCUCUUGCGAGAGACUCUACUUCUUGUCCCUCGACUUGCAGAGGCUCUGAGUGGAGCUAAGUGUAGCCUCUUAACCAGCGUACGAGAUAUUGUCUGCAAGAAGCAAGCAUUUCCAAUUUUAUUAAAAGAAAUUGAGCACAUUCUUGACGAGGACGUCAUGCACUCAAGGUCUCCAUUCAUUGCUCGAACACAACAAUGUUUCGCAAUCAAGGCUGGGUUUGAUGGCUUCUUGGACGUCGCCAGGCGCACGUUUUGUGCAACUAGUGAAGCUAUUCACUCUCUGGGGAAGUCCUACCGUGAGCAGUAUUCUCUUCCGAAUCUUCGACUCCCAUUCAACAACAGACGAGGGUUUUAUAUCAGAGUUCCAGUGAAAGAUGUGAAGGGGAAAAAGCUUCCACCCAACUUUCUCCAGGUAUAGUGAGCUCCACAUAUUUCUACGUUUAUGACAAGGGUUUGGACCAUAACUGUGGCAUGUCAGGUCAACAAGAAUGGAAAGAACUACCAGUGCACAACACAAGAGCUGGUCUCGCUCAAUAUUCGGAACAAGGAAGCUUCAGCUGAGUGUUUUCUUCGAGAAGAGCGCUGCCUCGAAGGAUUGUGUCAGCGAAUUAGGGAGGAGCUGACUGUGUUCUCUUCACUUUUGGAGAGUGUAUUCCUCCUUGACAUGAUCACCAAUAGCUUUGCAUUUAUUGUAACUACAAGCCCGGUGGACAGCUAUGUCCGCCCUGAGUUUACAGGUACAUACAGGCGGCUCAAUGUUAUUGCAUUCAGUGAAGUGUGAUAUUUGGCACCUUCUUACAUUGGCUCAGACCAUGGUCCUUUGGCCAUUGAUGGUGGUCGACAUCCAAUCGCUGAGGGGCUUCUCCAAGAUGCAUUUGUGGAAAACAACACGUUCAUGUCAGAGGCCUCAAAUGCUAUGAUUAUUACUGGUCCCAACAUGAGUGGAAAGAGCACCUACCUUCGCCAGGUGGCCUUGCUGACUAUCCUGGCUCACAUCGGCUGCUAUGUCCCUGCUCGGUUUGCAUCUUUCCGAGUGGUUGAUCGUAUAUUUACAAGAAUUGGGACUGGAGAAAGCAUUGAGGAGAACUCCAGCAUGGUGCAUGUGCUUGCCAUUUUUACACUUCUUUACCCAGUGCAUUUUCGCUCUAGCUCAGAGUGUUCUUUGCUUGCAGUUCCUGACAGAGAUGCGUGAAACUGCAUUCUUGAUGGACCAUCUUACUCCAAGGAGCCUUGUGGUCGUUGAUGAAUUGGGAUGUUCGACAUCAACGCUUGAUGGUCUUGCGAUUGCAUGGAGCUGUUGUGAACACCUUCUCACAUUUCCGUCAUACAUAAUCUUUGCAACUCAUAUGAAGCAGCUUGGAGAGCUGGCCUCCAUUUAUCCCAAUUGCAAAGUGUGCUACUUCUCAGUCGCAGUCAGCAACGAGCGACUUGCAUACAAGUACGUUCUGAAGGAAGGGUACACUGAUGUCCCACACUAUGGUUUGCGGCUCGCUGAAGCUAUGGGUUUUCCAGCACCAGUCAUGGGUGAAGCACAGCGAAUUGCUGAUAUAAUGGAACAGCAGGUAAGCAGCAGAAUCGGAUAUUGGACAAAUUGUCCUUCCAAUGGGCCUUCGUAUUGAGUUGUGACUUUGCAGGAAUCACGCCGGUUGGAAAUUGGCUACAGCAAGUUUACAGCGCUUCGCCGAGAUUACAUUGUCGCCCAGCGUCUGCUAUGCCUACAGCAAUCCAGUCUCGGUGACUCAGAGCUGAAGGAUUAUCUGCUGAACCUUAAGGCCAGCUACCUGGAUGGUAGUCUGGUUUGAGCUCGGCACUGAAACUCUGGGAAGGCCAUGAUGCAUUGAGUGCACUGCCCAAAAGCAUCUAAACAACCUACUGUACCACGUACCGUAGCAGCAUUCAGAGAAUACCAGCUGCCUUGAUGGAACUGAGCCAUGUCUGAAAGGUGACAUGCGCAGAACAAACGGCAUUUAUGGUCGUGGCUCCGAGGUAUUGUUUAAACUACCUUGUCAGCGGAAACGGUCUUGCAGUUGGUGCAUCGCAAAUAGUGGAUUCACAUCACUAGGUUUUGGUACGGUAGUAGUUACAAGAGUGGAAGAGCUCGUUGACUCCUGGAUCUGAGCAG